AUGUUGGAUUCUGUGGUGCCACCCAAGCUGCCCAUCAGUGAGAUUGAAGUGACUCGUACACCGAAAGUGAUGCGGUUGGCCAAAAUGGUGUACGAUGAGCGCUCUCCACGCUUUCUGCGCCACCUUCAAGCGCUCGGCCACCCAAGCAAGAGCACUUGGACAACCGCCGAGCGUAUCUGCUCCGAAAUGACAGCCACCGAAAUGGAUUACGUAUCGGACAUCACAGCUCUUGUGGACCGCUUUCUUGAUCCUCUAGCUGCUUUCGCUGACAAGCAUUGUACGACGAAAGAGGAGCUUCCAGCGUUUACAGCCCUUCACUGCGCUGCUCACGUUAUCCUUGGGGUCCACAAAGAGCUUCUCAAGCUCAUGGAGCCGCCUCAGCAGCGUCGCUUUUUCACUUUCGCGAACAAUUCUGGAUCUGGUCCACUGGAAGCCGUGACGCGCGUUACAACAGCGUUCGCUUCCACGAUCGAGUACAUGAAGGUGUACGCUAUUUACUGCGCCAAUUACUUGCCUGCCACGGAAGAACUGAAGGCUCACACUAAACUCCUCGAUGCCUUCACGCUGUCUCAACUUGAUCCGGACAGCAGCGAAACGUUUGAUGCAGUAUCUGACCUCAUUAAGCCCGUGCAACGGAUCUGCCGAUACUCGCUGCUUUUUCGCUCACUUGUGAAGAAUGCCACAUGUCCCGAUGAAGUAGAACUAGCGGAGGAGGCGCUGGAGAGCGUUCAGCGCGUCUCGGAUCUAGUCAACGCUCGUGUCCGUGACGCCGAGAACAACGUCCGCUUGUUGUCUAUCAGCGACAGUAUCGACAACGCCAAGCUUUCCUCCAAACUCGAGCUGCUGCGGCCGGGUCGUAAAUUUCUGUGUGAAAUGCCCGCUGCAGUGCAGGUGAUGGAUCGACGCGCACGUUUAGCCCGCAUGGAACUACUUGAAGGCAACAGCGAGAACGAACGAGAGGAGUCUGCAUUGAGAGACAGUCUCACCUCCAAUGGACAAGAGCGCAACAAAGACCGACAACGAGUAAUUCUGCUGUCAGAUGCGCUGCUGAUUGCCCGAAGAAGUAACUUUUAUCUACGGGUUCGUCGACACAUUUGUCUUUCGUGUGCUACGGUGGUUGAAGCUCACGAGGCUGAUGGCGACGAUGACGAAUCGGGUGCGAGCUCAAAAUCCUUCGCUCUUUUGGCAUCGAAGAGCGGGCGUUGCAAUUGCCACAACUUGAGUCCGAGCACGCUUAAGAGGCCGGUUAAAAGACGCUACUCCCUUUCAAGAAGCACCUCACAGAUGACUUACAUUGUGCACUGCGAGAGUGAGCAAAAGAAAAAGGAAUUCAUCAAACUGCUUCGAAAAGCCAUCGCACUAAACGCUCGCUCGGGAGAGCCACCACGCUCUUGCGUCAGUAUCGCAGCUACGAAUUUGUCCGUAAAGCUGUGGCAGUCUAUCAAGCAGCGAGACUUCUCGCAUACAUUCUCCUUGGGCUACGGCAGCUUACUGCGCCGCCAAGCAAAUACCGACUGCCAUGAAGCGGUGAACGCAAGCACAUACGAGUCCAAUUCGGACGAACCAAUUCACCAUAACGAGCGUCUCCUUCGAUCCUCUCGGUCGGCACCGUCAGGAGCUGCAUAG